AUGCUAGAAAAUACCAACGAAGCACCACCUACAAUAGUCGGAAUACCAUUAGCAUUUAUUGCUGAUACUCCGGAAAAGCCAGCACCACAACCAGCUCGGGUCGACACGGACAGCUCCUCCGAAGAAUCUGAGGUUGAAUGCAGCCAUUCUGAAUGUGAAUCGGAAUCAGAUGAAUGCUGGUGUCAGUAUGAACCAAAAGUAGUCAAGAUAAAAAAGACUGCAGAGGAAAGGGCAAAAGAACGCGCUGCUGCUGCUGAGCGGGAGGCCGAAUGGCAAAAUUUUAUCACACAGCGGGCGCAGCGAAAAAUGGCGGCCAGGGCAGUUGAGGCCUCAACAAUGAUCUGUACGCAAAUUAAUUCAGACAUCGGACACGACAAACCAAACACUCAACUUAACGAGAUCAAUAACAAGGGCAGUGGCAGUUGUGAGGUGGUGGAUGAGCCAGCAGCAAAGGUGGCACAAGGCCAACAGAACAAUAAUUGA